AAAGACUCAGUCUUGGACAAGAUGGCCGGUCGGACGAUAGUAGUCGUAUACUAUCUCGCGUUAAUUUUCCAUUUCGUUCUACUGACGGAGUGCAAUUACGGCGUAAGAUACGGUGACAGGGCGAAGCGUUUGCACAUUACGGAGGACGGCGAUUCACCGUAUAGGAAACCGCUGAUCAUUGACAGGCGGACAGGCGCGGAUGAGGAUGGGCACGAAACGUCAUUCGGGCGUACGCGCAGGGACGUGCCGCCCGAGCACCCAAACAAUAACCCAAACAUCACGACCAAGGUCAAUGCUUUAAACGAUUCGCAUCAACAACUGAUGGUACAUUGGGUCGGGGAAGGUUCCAAUGUGAUAAUAUGUUUAGCAAGGGAUAGCACACCAGUGGUGCGCUUCCAAGGUGGCAGAUUUUCCUCCCCGACCCAUCCUAGCGCCGUUUACAUCAGUUACGACUAUGGUGAUACGUUUGAAAAUAAGACUGAUCAGUUCAGGAUUUCGUCCGAUCCCAACGCUGAAUACGCAGUCGUGGAUAAAUUCACCAAUCAUCCUAAGUUCUAUCAAUACUGCGUUUUCGUGGACAGCCUACACAAUUUAAUUUUUCUAACGUUUAACAACGGCAAGACUAUUCGAAGGAUUCCCGUACCAUUUCAUCCGAGUGAGGUCUCGUUUUACGAAUUGGAUCCACGAGUACUCGUCGCACUGGACAAAGUCGAUCCAAUGCGGAAGUUGUGGUUGUCGACCGAUCGUGGAUUAGUCUGGGUACCAAUACAACACUAUGUGAAGGCCUUUUACUGGUCACCUUAUCGUGUUCUAUUGGUCGAACGCACAGAGCCUACUGGAACGAAUACAGUCUUGAAACUGGAUAUGCAAUAUUUGCUCUGGUUUCAGACCCGAAAUUUUUCAACUUUGCGAGUGAGACCUUCCUUACGAAAAGAAUUUGGUGUUGUCAUCGAGAAUGUCGAGGAUUUCCAAAUCAAAGGCGAUUACAUGUUUACUGUAAAAAAUUCAAAGAACAGAACGUCAGAGCAUCUGGAUCUCCAUGUGUCUUACAAAAAUCAAUCGUUCGUUGUGGCGCAAUUUAACACGGAAUUAGAUUGCAAUGAUUACCAUAUUGUAGACGUAUCGUUUAAUCGAGUUUUCAUCGCGGUAUCGCAUAGUGAGACUAUGGUUAAUCUUUAUGUGUCAGAAGUCAUAGAUCAUGAAAAGGCUAUAUUUACAUUAUCUCUGGAGGGUAUUUUUACAUUUUUCCUCAACAGCACUUGGAAGGAUAGUUGGUUGAACGAUGUGGCUGACGAGACAUUCACAGACUUGUAUAAAGUCGAAGGUCUUCGAGGUAUAUACAUAGCAUCACGAGUCAAAGGUAACCCGAAAACAGGAGGUAUCAGCUCAAUCGGACCAGAACACUUGGAAUCGGUAAUCACUUUCGAUCAUGGUAGCACUUGGAACAAUAUUAAAGCACCGACGGCAAAUUAUGAAGGCUUCUACAUCCAUUGCCCGAAAGAUUGCUCAUUGCACUUGAGUCAAAGAUUCAGUCAGCUGUAUCCGGUAACGAGAUCUGUCACGAUCAUGAGCUCGAAAUCGGCGCCCGGAAUAAUCAUGGCCACCGGCGUAAUUGGAUCCAGUUUGAAAGGUCACCCUGCGCUCUAUGUCUCGCGGGACGCAGGUCUUACAUGGAAACAGGUGUUGAAAGAAUACUACUUUUUCAACAUGGGCGAUCAUGGAGGUCUGUUGGUGGCAGUAAAAUAUUUCAAAUCGCGCGGAGAGACCAGAGAUAUCUCAUAUUCAGUGGAUGAGGGCGAGACGUGGCAAACUUAUGAGUUCAACGAAAAGAUGUUACGUGUUUACGGUCUCAUGACGGAGCCUGGGGAAAACACCACGGUAUUCACCAUGUUCGGAUCGGACAGCGGACAACAUCAGUGGCUCAUAAUCAAGGUCGAUCUACGGAAUGUAUUCGAGAGAGAGUGUACGGAAGAUGAUUACAAAUUCUGGUCUCCGUCGAGUAGCGAUCAACCAGUUAUGGCAUGCAUAUUGGGACGUAAAGAAACGUAUCAGAGACGCGCGGCGCGUACUAACUGCUAUCAGGGUGUAAAUUAUGAUCGACCAAUGCGAUUGAAAAUCUGUCAGUGUGACGCAAACGAUUAUCAAUGCGAUUACGGUUUUACGCGCGUCGGAAAUCCAUAUCAUUGUAUUCGCAACAAAUUAAUUACUGAUUAUGAUCCUUAUGCCGUACCGAGCACAUGCCAGCCUGGCGAAUUUUACAAUCGCACAAAGGGCUACGUGAAGUUGGCCGAUGAUGAAUGUUCUGGCGGUCUCGCGAGAAAUUUCGAGCCUGACGAGAUACCGUGCCCGAUGGAUGAAACACCAGAAUUUCUGUUGGUCGCUCAACGAGAGCAUAUCACGCGAAUUGAUCUGAAGGACAACAAAAUAGAGAUGCUACCCGUGCACGAUCUGAAGAAUGUGAUUGCCAUCGAAUUUGAUAUGAAGAACAAUUGCUUGUAUUGGGCGGAUAUUGUAAACGAUACAAUCGGUAGACAAUGCCUGAAAAACGGUACCAACUAUCCCGAAGUUCUCGUCGAAAACGAUUUAAGUUCUAUUGAAGGAAUGGCUUUUGAUUGGGUGUCCAAAGUUCUCUAUUUCGUGGACGGUGUUAAAAUGAGAAUACAAAUAGUUCGAACAGAUAUAUCCACUAUGGGCAGAAUGCGCAGAACGAUAUUAGGCCCGAACGUGUUACAGAAACCGAGAGGUAUCGCGGUUCAUCCCAUGAAUGGAUACAUAUUCUGGACCGAUUGGUCACCCGGCAAUGCCUCCGUCUCUCGCGCCAAUUUGGACGGCACGGAUGUCAAGCGAUUGUUUGUCAAACCAACAGUCGAAUGGCCGAACGGAAUAACAAUCGAUCACAUUGCCGAACGUAUUUACUGGGUGGAUGCCCGGUUGGAUUAUAUUGCUUCUUCGGACUUUGAGGGUAAAAGGUUUAAGAAAAUCAUCGCUAACGACGCGCGCGUGUCGCAUCCGUUUGCAGUUGCCGUGUUGAAAGAUAAUAUGUACUGGGAUGAUUGGAAACAAUCGAUGAUAUUUGUCGCUAAUAAGGACCAUGGUGUCGGAAUCAACACAAUAAUUGGUUUCCAGAUCGUAGGUUUGAUGGAUUUGAAGAUCUUUGCGCAUAGCGUGCAAGUCGGCACGAACGAAUGCGCGACGAAUAACACGUGUUCGCAUAUCUGUCUGGGUGCGCCUGGGGGCAGCCAUGUGUGCCUUUGUCCGGAUGGUAUGGUAAUGACGGACGGAAAAUGUCUUUGUCCAGGUGGCAUCAAACCCUACGACAAUUCGACAUGCCCACGCAUCGCCAGUACCUGUUCGUCAAAUCAGUUUGCUUGUAAUAACGGCGUGUGCAUCCCCGAAUUCUGGAAGUGCGAUGGCGAUAACGAUUGUGGCGACAACUCGGACGAGGUCAACUGCAAUCGUGCUACGUGCAGCCCUAAUAACUUUGAAUGCGAUGGCAACAAAUGUAUACCGAAAUACUGGGUAUGCGAUAUGGAUCGUGACUGUAAAGACGGUAAGGACGAGCAAAAUUGCACAUACGCCAAUUGCACGGAUCUGUUACGCUUCAAAUGUGACAGCGGUCGCUGCAUCUCGCAUCGAUGGCGCUGCGAUGGCGAGGAUGACUGUCGGGACGGUUCGGAUGAACGUAAUUGCACUGGAAACCGAGUUUUACCAAGCACGUGUCGAUCCGACGAGAUCGCUUGCAAAUCUGAUCAUUCGUGCAUACCAACUUCUUGGAAAUGCGACGGCGAACCAGACUGUGACAAUGGCGCGGACGAAGCGGAGUGCAGCAACAUGGUGUGCGAACCAUGGCAGUUUACAUGCAACAACACCAAGGAUUCUGGGCAUCGGUGCAUAUACAAGUCAUGGCAAUGCGAUGGCGACAAGGAUUGCCUAGAUGGUUCUGACGAAUUUAACUGCACCAUCACUACCACGCCGGCGUUUAUCCCACCGAUGAGCCUGCCAACAAAUACCUGCAACGAUUGGAUGUUCUUGUGUCAGAAUAAGAAGUGUGUGCCAUACUGGUGGAAAUGUGACAGCGUGGACGACUGCGGCGACAAUUCGGAUGAGAUUAGCUGCGGCAGCGAGGCGGAAGGCACAUUAGAAUCUACAUCGCUGCCAAUUCACACAACUGAACAACCACGCAUCUGUCGCGAACAUCAGUUUCAAUGUUACAACGGCGAUUGCAUCGAGAAUGCGUGGAUAUGCGACGGCUCCAACGAUUGUCCAUCCGGCGAGGACGAGCAGCACUGCGAACAGACACAUGCAUCGUGCCGCGAGAACGAUCAAUUUAUGUGCCGUCAGGAUGGCUCAUGUGUACCUCUAUCUCACAUUUGCAACGGCAUUGAGGAAUGCCCGGACGGCAGCGAUGAGCUUGGCUGUCAUACAGAUCGUGACACGAGCCCACCCGCCACCCCGUCUUGCUUCGUUGGUCUUUUCCCAUGUGACGAAACGCGUUGCUUCCCAUUGGCAUCCUACUGCGACGGCCAUCAAGAUUGUUUUGACGGUUUCGAUGAGAGUAACUGCGAAAAGAACGGUACUCGUGUAUAUCAGGUACUGGUGAUGGGUGUGGACGAACGUUCCAUUAACGACAGCACUCUCUUCCUCUAUUGGUGGAUGCCAAUACCAUCGAACGUUACAUUUGAGUUCCUGCCUUCAAUCGCGCGGGUUACUCCGGGCGCCAAGUGGACCAACGCCAGCGAGUGGAUCGAAGACACCGAGUAUCAAUUCAACAAUCUCGAGGCUUGCACCAAGUACAAUUUGACUGUCUAUGUCAAGGUGAAGGGUCAAAGCAAAGUAUUCCCACCAGCUAAGUAUCUAGUCGUAAGGACUGGCGAAGGCGUGCCAUCCGAGCCAUGGAACGUAACAGUCACGCAGAAGAACGGCACUCGCGUAGAGGUCUCCUGGCUACCACCUCAACAUCCAAAUGGUUUGAUCAUCGGCUAUCAAGUUUACAUCACACCGCCUAUACCACCGAUGGAGUUUUCGCGGCAAAAAACAUCCGCGAUCAUUGAUAUGCCAUUCGAGGCAGGCAAGAAUUACUCUUUUUGGAUUGUAGCGAAAAACCGACAAUACGAAUCGUUUUCGUCGAAAGUUGCCACAUUGACGUUCGAUGGCUCGGCCAACAUCGACGACAUCGAAGGUCUUCGCGUGGUGGCGACGACGAAUCACUCCGUCACGCUAACGUGGAAUAAGACGAUAGACGUGGACGGUUAUCACAUCACUCCUAGAGCACCACCGGCAUAUCCAACAUUACAGACCAUUACGACCAUGGACAAUCUAUACGAGGUGACAAAAUUGGCGCCAGGUGUCAAAUACACUUUUGAGGUCGGUGCAAUGAAGAAAACAUACGUUGGUAAGGUCGCCAUGGUGACGGCUACGACGAACGGCACCGCGCUGCCGAUAAUAACGAAGUUUGACGCGCAAUUGGUAAAGUCUCAGAGAACGACCGUGAAACUUACUUGGGAUCCGCCUAAGAGCACCAAGAAGAUUAAAUUGCAGUAUGCUGUUCAUUACGCCACCAAUAUAUUCAAUUUCUUUAAAGCUUACAAAUUUAAAACCACUAAUCUCACGGCUACGAUCAAAGAUUUGGAAGCGUGUGAAUCAUAUUUCUUUGCCGUUGGCGUUAUCGGGGAUUAUGGAGCGGGACCUUUAUGUCAACCGAUCACGGUUCCGACAUAUUUCAAUCAACGUGCUCCUCCGAAAAGGUUGCGAGUAACACCAUCGCCGGAUAAAAAUGACAGUAUAAUCGUCUCAUGGAGCGCGAGUUGUCCCACGAUCGACGAACCGAUCAGUUACACGAUUUCUGUUACGGAAACGAUCCUCAAUAAGCAAGUAGUUGUGACAUUACCGCCCACUAACGAAACUAUCAUGAAACAUACCUUCCAUUCGAUCAAAUACGGCGGAAAGUAUAAUAUUACGGUAGCGACUGAUGUUGAAAAUGCCAUACCCACUCAACCUUUUGUUUAUGUGGCACCGAUGAUCAAGCCGCCUCAUCAAGUUACCGUCUUGCACGAUAAUAAAGACUAUCUAAUAUAUUGGCAAGAGCCAGAUAUGCCGAAGGAUGUUAAUCGACACAUCGAAAUUUUGGUAGCCGAGGGAUCGACAAAGAUAAACGAAUCGACGGCUAGCGUCUUCUUGACUAAGGAUCCAUCGCCUUAUCGUUAUAAAGACGCUAAAACGGGUACGAUUUACACCUUCGCUGCACGUUUGGUCACGGAGGACGGAUAUCAAAGCCCAUUGAGUGAAACUUGGAGCACGCAAUUUUCAGGCUCGCAACUCCCGGUGAUAAUGAACACGUCGAAUAUACUGUCUCUUGCUAUACCGAUCUGCUUGGUCGUCUUAAUGCUAGGUGCAGCGCUAGCGUAUUUCAUCGUUCGACAUAGAAGAUUAUCUAACAGCUUUACGCAAUUUGCCAAUAGUCAUUACGAUACGAGGCGGGGACAAGCUACCUUCCCAGGCACGACAGACGGUUUAGAAGAAGAAGAUAGCCCUGUGAUCCGAGGCUUUUCAGAUGACGAACCUUUGGUAAUCGCAUGAAUACCAUAUAUAUAUAAACAAAAUAUUUACGUGUUAAGAGAGAAAAGAUGUGCCAAGACACUAUUAAUAUGAUAAUUUUGAAUAUAUAGAUAAAAUUUUAUGAUGAAUGGAGAAAAGCUUUUAUAAAAACGUCUCGAAGCUAGAUAAAUAUUGUUAACUGUAGUGUUACUUGCUAUUAUAGUUAACAAUUGGUAGAUUCACAGAUUGCACUUAGGAUGUUUACAUAAGAGCUUUUCGCGCCGUUACAUGAUACGUUAUAGAAAUAUGGUAUACAUGUACAUCACAAACGAUCAAGAUGGCUACCUGCCGUAUAGUUGGAGAGAGGCCGUUGCAUCUUAAAUUCGAAUGUAAAAAGAAAUCAAGACAGCUAUAGUUUGAAAAUGAAAUUUAUCACAUCUAACAACGGAAAUAGAUGCCAGAAGAAACGGCAAUUUGUAUAUAGUAAAUAUUUUUUAUGGGUCGCGAGAUUGUGAGAUUUUCGAGAUAUCACACAUUUGGCGAGAUGCAUUUUUAAUAUUGUAUUUAUAUGACCUAUGUAUGUGUGAAGAAACUUUUUUUUUUUAAAUCUGUAUACAGAUUUGUUGAUGCGAAAGUGAGUUCCCGAUAUUGUACGAAAACUUUUUUUAUUGAAAAUUAUUUUAAUAUUUUAACAAAUCCACAGAUGCCAUAAAUUCUUUCCAUAUAGCAAGUGCAUGACCAAAGUAAUGCUUUCUUCUAUGCCGCAUUUGAAAGAUCAGUAUCAGUCUCGUUUAAUGGCGAGUACGUUUUUAUAACAUUUUAUUUGAAGAGUUCCUUGGCUUGAGCAAGUCUUUGUAUUCGACGCCAACUAUCAUUAUCAAGCCUAUGAUGCGGCAUUGAAAGAAGUUGUUAUAAGCGAGUUUCUAUCUCGCGAAAAAAGGUGACCUGACCCUCGUAUAGAGGUGUGCUGCAAUUACUGCAAGAGAAUAUUUUGAAUAUUCCAAUAAUUAUGUAUAAUUCUGUAAUAAAAGCGAACUGAGUGUUGGACAAGAGAGACGCGAUUUGAACAUAAUAUUAAGAAAUUUUUCACCUUAAAGUUAACAAAAAAAUAUGGGAUAUUAUGUUUUGUGCGAAUAAUAUACAUUACAUUUUUUACAUUAAGAAUGACACAUUUUAUCAAGAUUGGGUAUUUUUAUUUUUGGUUAAGAGGAAUUUACACAAGGACAUCAAUGAGAAAGCAACAAAUCAAUGGCACUUUCAAGUGCGAAUGAAAUGGUGACGACGCCGCGUCAUGAUUCUUGAAUUAUACAAUUCAACAAAAGAAAAAAGACAUAAGAAAAAAAAGUAAUGUUUCUUAUAGUUUUUUUAAAAUGCUCUAUCUCGUUACAAUUUUAAAAAAUUUGAAAUUAAAAUUAUAAAAAAGGACUUUUAUUUUUAUAUAAUUUAUGUUACAAUUAUAUGUAAUCUGCUCUGGAAGACUUUUAUUCGCUUAAAAUUAAGUAUGUAUUCAUUUUUAGAACAGUUUGAAAUAGUAAGAAAGAAUCUAUUAUCUAUUUAUAAAGAAGAGAGUUUUAUAUAUCUCUCUCUCUUUUACAAUUAGUGUCCUACUUAUUGCAACGGCAUUACGAUUAUUUGGUUAUAGGAUAUCUAAAUCUGAUAUUUUUUUCUCUUCGCUCUAAAUCAAUUUUUUAGAUCUUUUUUUUCAUCAAGCGGAUAAUUUUACCAACUUUUUUUUUAUUGGAAAUAUAUGGGAUGACUAGACCAAUAUCGAACCCGGAUUUGCCACUAAUUAAAUAACAGUUCUAAUAUGGAACUGGCUUUAAAAUAAAUUUAUUGCAAGAAUUAAGAUUAGUAAGAUUUUCAUUUUUAAACAUUAUAUCAAUUUUGAUAAAGUUAAAUUAGAUAAUUAAGGAGAGUAUGAACAAUUUAUCAAUUAAUUUUAAAUAACGAAUUCAAUGUGAUGUAAAAGCAAGAGCUUUGAACAUCCACUAUUGAGUAUUUCAGUUCGAAUUUUUGAUUUAUUUGCAAUCUCAAAAAUCUUUAAAAAUUUUGAGAUUUCUAUUAAUAUGAAUAUAUAUAUAGAAUUAAUUUUAAGAGCGAUAAAACAUUUUCAAUAUGUCACCAGCCAUAGCAUUGCAAAUUAAAAGAAGUCCAUUUAUACAAUUUAAAGUCUUUCAAAAUUGUAACGUGAUAGAGCAUUCCGAAUUUUUCUUCAGCAUAAAAAAAAAGCUACAUGUGAUUAUCUUGAUUCUUAUGUUUCAAGAGAAAAUCAUUUUAUAUUGAGCUGUAUUAUUGUAAAUAAUAUCCAAAUGUAUUUUAAAUGAUGAAUUUUCAUCAUUUAAUCUACACUGGAUUAUUUGUAAAAGACAUUAAUGAUUAAAAUCCGCGAUCUUGCCGUGAUGAGAAAGAACCGUCAUAUCGACAAAAUCCUUUUUAUAUUCCUUUCGUUGUAAAUGAAAUUUCACGCAGUGAUUAUAUUUUUUUCGCAGAACCUAACGAGAAAGUUUAGAGAUAAAGUUGACUGUAUUCUUGAUUAAUCGUUCUGUUUGUGUCUCAUUUUGUUAAUGGAAAGUAUGACGUUACGAGUUCCUAAAAAUGUUUGUUAGUUUGAUCAAUUUGCCGAGUCGAUAUGAUUGAAAAAUGUGUGAGGCAAAUCAAACGGAUAGAGAAGUCAGAAUCAACAAAGCAACAUUUCAUAAGUCGAGCUUUUACUGUUUUAUAUCAUUAUUAAAUUAAAUUAAUUUAAUAAUAACAGCAAUAAGGCUCAAAGUAUUAACGAAAUUAAUUUAAGUUUCGAAAGAAUAAACAAUUAUAAAUGUAUAUUCUGUUGUAUUCGUAAAACGUUUAAUAUUCUUUUUAUUUAAUGAUUUGUGUGAAAGGGAAAGUAGAAGAGAUACAUGAGACGAUCGACAAAAAGACGAUUUUUAAACAGUAUUAACUAGGCUCUCGAUUCGUUUCCGUCACGUUACCGAUGUCAGAAAAUCAUCACACCUCGUGAACAAAAUUAAUUAAUCGUAAAAAUAAUUUCUUCGCUGAUAAUUUGACGUGAUCACGCCUUUGGUCAUUAAUAUAUGUCUGUGUCAGAGAAGAGAAAAAAACGAUGAAUUUCGAUGUUUUUAAAUCUGAACUAGCGUAAGCGAUAAUUAUAUAGACGAUAAAGUUGAUGUAAAUGUCAAGGGGUUAUAACGACAAGAAAGACAGUGAUAUAUAAUAUAAAAUAUAUAUAAUAUAAUAUAUUUACGUGUAAAUAUAAAUAAACUUAAGGCACAGAAUAUAUUAAGUAAUUUUUUUUAUA